AUGACUGAAGGGCACAGUGCCCCUCCAGCCGAUGCACCGGCGCCCGCUGCGGCUGCCGACAGCGCUGCCGCGCCUGUUCCAGCCGACGUUCGCUCGCAUGCUGUUCAUCAUGAUACGACCCCAGCCCAUGAGAAGGAGCAGGCCUCCGUGGGUCGUAUCACCCCGCGACCGACGUUUUUGGAACAUCUAGCUACUUCGCGAGACUCGCAGUUCCAUCUCGAUCGCCGAGAUUCAAGCGAGUUGGAGCGCUACUUCCAUGGCCCCCGUAAUAUGGACAAGCACUCCAAGUGGCCCAUCAUGAUGCGGAUGCACGGCAGCGUUAUGCCAAAGAUGAUCCUCCCGCUUCUGACUGUGGCUGCUUGGUCAACUGCUGUCACUGUCUUUUCAAAGAAGGUCCAUGACCUUGGUAUCAACAACAUCCUUCUCACCGUGCUGGGUUUCGUGGUGGGUUUGGCAUUGUCUUUCCGCAGCUCGACUGCGUAUGAAAGAUGGGCCGACGGACGAAAAUAUUGGGCUCAGCUCGUUCAGACAUCUCGCAACCUGUCACGUAUCAUCUGGAUUAACACCGGCGAGCGAGAGGGAGACGAAGGAAAGGAAGAUAUCCUGAGAAAACUCUCCGCGAUGAACCUCAUUCUCGCUUUCGCUGUCGCCCUCAAGCACAAGCUCCGCUUCGAGCCGGAUAUUGCUUAUGAAGACUUGGCUGGUUUGGCCGGACACUUGGACACUUUUGCUCGUGACGCUCACGACCGCAUGGUUGUGAACCCCCCUUCCAAGACCCUUUGGAAGUCGGCAGGCGAGUAUCUCGGUGUAUCCUUUGCCGAAUCCAAUCCUCGCAAAUAUAUCAAGCGAUCCAAGAAGCCACUUGGACAUCUGCCACUGGAGAUUCUCAACCAUAUUUCCGCAUACAUCGAUUCUUGUGUUGCAAACGGCACUAUGGUGUCGACCCUGCACCAAGGACAAGCCAUCACCAUGGUUGGUACAUUGAAUGAGGUUCUGACAGGCAUGGAACGUGUUUUGGAUACACCUUUACCCACUGCAUACAGUAUUGCCAUUGCUCAGAUCUCAUGGAUCUACAUCUUGGUUCUACCAUUCCAACUAUUCAAUGCCUUAUCCUGGAUUACCAUCCCCGCCUCAAUCGUGGCCGCGUAUAUCAUUCUCGGCCUGGCCACAAUUGGCAGUGAGAUCGAAAAUCCUUUCGGUCACGAUGUGAACGAUCUUCCUCUCGACAGUUACUGUCGUCAAAUCGCAGUAGAAAUCGACAUCAUGACUGCCACCCCUCGGCCAAAUGUCGAUGACUUCAUGGCACGCGAGGACAACUUCGUUCUCUUCCCACUCAGUCAGUCAGGAUACCCUGAGUGGAAGGAGCGAAGCCUUGAGGAUAUCCGAGGAGCACUGAGAACCAAGGUGGUCGUUGGUCCAUCGACCGCCGGUUCGGACAGUUCCACUCUCGUGGAGAAUGUCUCGACUAAAAACAGUGGCCAUUCAGUUUAG